UCUCAGCAGUGCAUGAACGAGAGCAUGGCUCGGAUUUCACAGGUGAUUUGUGGACCAGGCUCCGGGGAAAGGUUGGAUGUUGCUCGUUCUCUCGCGCCGUCACACCAGCUCAGUCACCUGGGCCCGGCUCGUGUGUUGAGGCUCGAGCCGUUUCCCGGGCUGUUAUCGCGUCUGCCAGUCCUGCGCGUGCGUGGGGGAGCAGUGUCGGCGUGUGCGUGACAGAUCUCCGCCGGAGGAGGUGACGUGGGUCCGCUGCGAUGACGUCAGCCCUGUGCCGGGGUGUGUUUGUUUGUGAGAGGAAGAGGCGCUUGGAUGUUGGGCGGGUCUGAGGACGCACGGAGGAAACGUCCCCGCUGCCGCCGCUGCUGCUGCUGCUGCUGCUGCUGCUGGAAGGAGCUGAGAGACGGAGCCGAGCCGGGACACAGGCACCGACGCACCGACAGAGCAGCUCGCCCGGACUCAGCUCCGGACCGCGGGAGGAUGGGCCGGCGCAGCGGCCGACGCUAGCGCUGCUGUCGGGCUCGGAGCUCCAGGAUGAGCGUGGCGCUGCAGGACCUCCGGAACACGAUGUCCAGCUACAAGCGAGCGACGCUGGAGGACGAGGAGGCCGCGGAGGGCCCGGCGGAGAGCGCGUCCGACGACCAAGUGGAGGUGGGCUUCAGGAAGGGCGGCGUGGCGCUGCUGGGCCGCAGGACGCCGCUGGAGGUGGCGCUGUGCGUCCUGCUCCUGCUGACCCUGCUGGCCCUGCUGGCCUGCCUGCUGCUGCUGGGACUGGGGCUCGGCUCAGACCCGGCUCGGGAGCUGUGUCUGUCCGAGGCCUGCGUGACGGUGGCCAGUCAGAUCGUGGAGGCCAUGGACCGCAGCGUGGACCCCUGCCAGGACUUCUACCGCUUCGCCUGCGGCGGCUGGAUGAGGAAGAACCCGCUGCCGGACGGACAGCCUCGCUGGUCCACCUUCAACAACAUCUGGGAGCAGAACCAGGCCCUGCUGAAGCACCUGCUGGAGAACGGGACCUUCAACGGCACCAGCGAGGCCGAGAAGAAGACCCGCUCCUACUACCUGUCCUGCCUCAACACGCAGAGGAUCGAGGAGCUCGGCGCGCAGCCGCUCGUGGACCUCAUCGCCAAGAUAGGGGGCUGGAACCUGACCGGGCCCUGGGAGAAGGACAACUUCAUGGAGGUGCUGAAGGUGGUGUCGGGGCCGUAUCGAGCUCAGCCCUUCUUCACCGUGGGAGUCAGCGCCGACCCCAAGAACUCCAACAGCAACGUCAUCCUGGUGGACCAGUCCGGGCUCUUCCUGCCGUCGCGGGACUAUUACCUCAACAGGACGGCCAACCAGAAGGUGAGGCCCUGGCUGCCGGACGGCGUGGCUCUUGAGCAUGUGCCUGACCCGCAGGUUCUCCUGGCCUACCUGGACUACAUGGUGGAGCUGGGCAUGCUGCUGGGCGGCGAGCGGACCUCCACUCGCCAGCAGAUGCAGCAGAUCCUGGACUUUGAGACGUCGCUGGCCAACAUCACCGUCCCCCAGGACCAGCGCCGAGACGAAGAGAAGACCUACCACAAAGUCACCAUCUCAGAGCUGCAGCUGCUGGCGCCUGCCGUGGACUGGCAGGACUUCCUGUCCUCCUCGCUGUCGCCCCUGGAGCUCAACGACACGGAGCCGGUGGUGCUGUACGCCCGGGACUACCUGCAGCAGGUGUCGGAGCUGAUCAACAGGACGGAGCGCAGCCUGCUGAACAACUACAUGGUCUGGACACUGGUGCAGAAGAGCGUGGCCAGUCUGGACCAGCGCUUCGAGAACGCCCAGGACAAGCUGGUGGAGUCUCUGUACGGGACCAAGAAGUCCUGCACGCCGCGCUGGCAGACCUGCAUCGGCAACACCGACGACACGCUGGGCUUCGCUCUGGGCGCGCUCUUCGUCAAGGCCACCUUCGACAAGCGGAGCAAGGAGAUCGCCCAGGAGAUGAUCGAGGAGAUACGCGCGGCGUUUAAAGGAGCUCUGGACCGACUGAGCUGGAUGGACCGGCAGACCAGGCAGGCGGCCAAGGACAAGGCCGACGCCAUCUACGACAUGAUCGGCUUCCCAGAGUUCAUCCUGGAUCCUAAAGAACUGGAUGAUGUUUAUGAUGGCUACGAGGUGUCUGAGGAGAGCUUCUUCCAGAACAUGCUCAACUUCUACAACUUCUCCUCCAGAGUGAUGGCGGACCAGCUGAGGAAGAGCCCCAACAAAGACCAGUGGAGCAUGACGCCGCCGGCGGUCAACGCCUACUACAUGCCCACCAAGAACGGCAUCGUGUUCCCGGCUGGGAUCCUCCAGGCUCCUUUCUACGCUCACGACCAUCCCAAGGCUCUGAACUUUGGCGGCAUCGGCGUGGUGAUGGGUCACGAGCUGACUCACGCCUUCGACGACCAAGGUCGAGAGUACGACAAGGAGGGCAACCUGCGGCCGUGGUGGCACAACGCGUCGGUGGACGCCUUUCGCCAGAGGACCCAGUGCAUGACGGAGCAGUACGGCCGCUACCGUGUCAACGGCGAGCAGGUCAACGGCAAGCAGACUCUGGGGGAGAACAUCGCCGACAACGGGGGGCUCAAGGCCGCGUACCACGCCUACCAGUCCUGGGUCCAGAAGAACGGCGAGGAGAAGAGGCUCCCUGCUGUCAACCUCACCAACAACCAGCUGUUUUUUGUGGGGUUCGCUCAGGUGUGGUGUUCGGUCCGGACUCCUGAAAGUGCUCACGAAGGCCUGGUGACUGACCCGCACAGUCCGCCCCGCUACCGGGUCAUCGGCACGCUCACCAACUCCCCGGACUUCAGCCGCCACUUCCACUGCCCUGCAGGCUCACCCAUGAACACUGGGAGGCGCUGCGAGGUCUGGUAGAGGCGUGCUAACACCGAUGACUGGCUGUUAGCAUGUUAGCGUCACCAGCUUGAGGAUCAGGGAGCCGGACGUCCCAUGACGGGCUGAUGAAGAUGACGAGGAGGAAGAUGCUGCUGAAUAGAUGCUGUUGUUUUUUUAUUAUUACUAUUGUCAAUGUGUCGCUUUUGUGUGCGUGCGAGUCAUGGGAUGGAAGCGCUCUCUCUCUCUCUCUGUAAUGCCUUAGUUCAUGACAUCACUGUGAUGACCUCAUAGCGGCCUGUUGCAUCAUCAUGUACCGUGGGUUUCUGUGUCUAGUAGACUGUUAGCUUUGUGAGCUAAGCUAACCCAACCACCA